UCGAACCAUACUUACUAUUUUCCCCCCUCUUCUUCUAAACCACCUUAUAUUUAGAAUUUCGAGACUUACUUUCAAUGCAUACUUAGUUUCAACUGGGGAAUCAACACAAGCAAAAGCAAUUUUUCCGUGUCUUGACAUCUAGCUUCCUAUUGGCUCACAACGGGUCAGCUGACUUUGUCAUUUUGUCUGUCCUGGAGUGGAGCCGUCCCUAUAACAAUCUAGUUCAGACUACAAACUGGAGACAGAAAUAAAUAUUAAAGAAAUCAUACAAGCCAGGUAUAGGGGGGAAGAUAUGAAUUCCUAUUUCACAAACCCGUCGCUGUCUUGCCACCUCACCAGUGGCCAAGAGGUGCUGCCCAACGUGGCGCUCAAUUCCACUGCCUAUGACCCUGUAAGGCAUUUUUCAACUUAUGGAGCAGCGGUUGCUCAAAACAGGAUCUAUUCAUCUCCUUUUUACUCACCGCAAGAUAAUGUUGUGUUUAGCUCCAGUCGGGGACCCUAUGAUUACGGAUCUAAUGCCUUUUAUCAAGAAAAAGACAUGCUCUCUAGCUGCAGGCAAAAUUCUAUGGGACACAAUACACAAACUUCCAUUGCACAGGAUUUUACAAGUGACCAAAACAGGAGCACGUCCCAGGAACAGAAAACUAGCAUCCAGAUAUACCCGUGGAUGCAGCGCAUGAACUCCCACAGUGGGGUCGGCUAUGGGGCAGAUCGGAGGCGGGGGCGCCAGAUCUACUCCCGUUACCAGACGCUGGAGCUGGAGAAGGAGUUCCACUUCAACCGCUACUUGACGCGGCGGAGGAGGAUCGAGAUCGCCAACGCUCUCUGCCUAACUGAACGCCAGAUCAAGAUCUGGUUCCAAAACAGGAGGAUGAAAUGGAAAAAAGAGAGCAACUUGAGUUCCACCUUGUCUGGGGGAGGUGGCGCUGGAGCGGCCGCGGAUAGCUUGGGCGCCAAGGAGGAGAAGAGAGAAGAAACAGAGGAGGAAAAACCAAAGGAAUGAACACUGACUCGGCUCGGCCAGCUCUCCCCCCAACCUCCUUCCAAACCCUCCCCAGCAACACACACGAUGGUCCCCCUUUCCUUUCCUUUCCUUUCCUUUCCUUUCCUUCCCUUCCCUUCCCUUCCCUUCCCUUCCCUUCCCUUCCCUUCCCUUCCCUUCUCCCCUUGACCCCAUAUUUCCCCCCUCCACCCACCCUGUUCCAAAUUUUUCUCCUUUUGCGUUCUCUAUUACCUUUCUAAUAUCCCUUCCCUUCCCUUCUUCCCCCUGACCGAAUAUUCCCCCCUCCACCCACCCACCCUCUUCCAAAUUUUUCUCCUUUUCCGUUCUCUAUUCUCUAUUACCACUGCACAAUUUAUACAUUGGAUCACAUAUGAAAAAAACGGGGGGGAGAGAAAGAUGAGGAGAGAGAGAAAGAGAAGGAAUGGGGGCAGAGGGGAGAAAGUGGGCCUCCCCCUUCUCCUUCCCCCAUUCUCCCAUUCCUCGGCACUGAUCUCCCCACUUUCCUAGCAAGGGUCCAAACCGUCUUGACUUGCCCCUCUGUGGAAACCCACCAGCCCCUGGCCCCCAGCCCCACCCACCGUCCCACCGUCCUUUCUCCUUGCCUCCGAGGAGACCAGCUAUAGCCACCUCUGCAUAAAGACUGCAUUUAAUGCCACAACCCACUGCACAUCCCCAAUCCCUCCUGUCUCCCACCCCCCAUUAGAAGAAAUCCUGGGUUGAAAAAGGCAGAGCACCCCGCAAGAACUGAUUUAUUGGGGGGGGGGGUGGAAUCAGGCAUGUCAAAAGGAACUCUGAGGUGUAAGCUUCUCAAAUCAUGAUAAUGGUCAUUAUGAUGGAGGUGGUGGUAAUGGUGGAGGAGAUGAUGGUGGUGGUGGUGAAGAUGAUGAUGAUGAUGAUGGUGAUGAUAAAGAGCAUCGAAUUGCCUACCCCUGUGAAAUUACCUUCCCUUCUGUACCCCCUUCCCUCCCUCUUCCCUCCCUCACCUCCAAGCUAUGUCUACCUAAAUAUAGCAUUUUCCAGAGUGAACUAAUUGUAUUUAAACACUACCUGGGGUCAUUAUGCAUACUACAAACUGUGACAGUUCCUGUGUGAAUAUUUUUAGCUGUAUUUGUGGUCUCUGUAUUUAUAUUUAUGUUUAGCCCUGUAAUGUUUCUUCAAACAGUAUAAAGUGAAUGGAAUUCUAUAGCAAGUAGGAGAACAACAUCCAAAAAAACAAAGAAGAAAAAAAAUCUCUCGUGUUAACAUUCUCUAACAUCAUGUAUAAAGGUCGUCCAGAGGACUAUGGUUGAGUAUUUAAUAAA